AUGGUGAAGGUAGAGUUUGAGUCCAUGAAGGCAAUCCAUUCCGUCACCCCUGACUUUGCGCCAAAGCCAAUCGCCUAUGGACCAUAUGAUUCACUUCCGGACACCUACUUUUUCCUGUGCGAGUUUCGAGAAAUGGUCGACGAUCAGCUCCCAGAGCCCGAGGAGUUCACCAGAAAACUUGCGACGCUGCAUCAGAAGAGCCAGUCCCCGACCGGCAAGUUUGGGUUCCACACCACAACCUACGCCGGGAAUCUUCCACAAAUGGUGGAGUGGGAAGACAGCUGGGAGGUCUUCUUCGCCAAGAGUCUUCGUCAUGCACUGGAUCUCGAGAUGCAAGCCAAAGGACCAGAUCCUGAAUUGGAUGCUCUAGUACCAAUUCUCUUUGAGACUGUCAUCCCAAGACUCCUUCGCCCACUUGAGACGGAAGGACGAUCUGUCAAGCCCUCGCUUGUCCAUGGCGAUUUGUGGUACGCUAAUUCUGGCGUAGACGUCGAAACAGAGGGUAGCUUGAUCUUUGACGCCUGUUGCUUUUAUGCACAUAACGAGUAUGAAUUUGGUCAAUGGAAGCCAUCAUGCAAUCGUUUUGACGAUAAAUACGUCAAGGCAUACCAUCAACGAGUGAAUCGAUCAGCACCUGAGGAGGACUAUGAUGGGCGAAUUGAUCUUUACAAGCUUAGGUUCAACACACACGUCUCCGCCUUGUUCUUUGAUAACCAGACCUUGCGGGACAGGUACUCAGCGACAUCAGGGAUCUGGUUUCCCGUUACGGGAAUCCUGCUCAACAGACCAGGUUAUAGACCCAGUUAG